UUGCUUGUGUUGCUUGUUUCCAAACAAAAGGAAGCUCAGGGGAUCUGGAGGUGUAGCUGUCCAUGGGUGGUGUGUCCAUCACCAGCCGAGGCAAUGAAUCAAUCCGUGCAGCUCCGCCCAUCCUUUCAUGUACGUAUGAAUGUCAAGAUGUUUCUACAACACUUCCCGUACAUCUCGUUCCCCUUUCAACUCCAUCCUCCAUUCGACUGAACUAGCAGUCGUUCAGCCAUGGUCACCACGGACGAGGGUCGAAGGAAAGCCAUGGCGGCUGUCCAGGCCAUGUUCGACCGAUAUCAACUCCUUGCAGCCCAGCGGCCCACGGAUCACACUGACUACGACCGCGAGGUCAUGAAUAGCCUCAAGCUUGUUGAUGCUGGGUUGGAUGGGUCGGUCAUAUUCGAACUGUGCAUGUCUCCAAACUUUUCGAAUCUUAAUGACGUAAUGCAUGGUGGCGCGGCUGGAGUUAUAUUCGACAUGGCGACCACGACAGCAUUGUGCCCUGUAGCUAAACCAGGAUAUUGGGAAUUUAUGGGAGGCGUGUCAAGAACUCUUAACAUUUCUUACCUUAAAGCAGUACCUAUAGGCACCACUGUCCGCCUAAGCUCUAAAGUUGUCUCAAUAGGCAAGCAAAUGGCAAUGAUCCAGGGAAAAAUGACGUCUCUGGACGGCAGGGUCACCUACUGCACGGUCGAGCAUCACAAAGUGAACGCGCCUGUGCUGCCACAGCACCGAAAAGCAAGAUUGCCGUGGGAUGACGAGUUUGAAAAGGAGUGGGGCGUUGGGGAGAAGAAUAAGGGGGUAUCAUCGAAAAUAUGAUUAUUUAUAUCAACACCAAAUGCUUUUUCUUAC